UUAUCCAGUACCGAUGCGAACAUAACGAAAAGAGAAGAUACACAGAAGCUGAAGUGAUAGAAAGGGAGAAUGGCUCUGUUGUGCGCACAGUCUCCUGCUAUGCUAUUAUCCUCCGCAUCUUCUUCUUCUUCGACUACUCCAAGUGCACCAAAAUCUUAUUUUUCUUGUGCAAGAAAAGAUGCCAUUUGUUGCAGUCCGUUUACUGUGGGAUUCUCAUUGGUAAAAAAACCAUGUGUACGGACAGAAUUUCCUUUUAGUAGUUGGAGCAGCAGCAAUUUUGUGGUUCGGUCUCAGAAAAAGAAGGAAGAGACCGCCAUUGCUCGUGUACCUCUUGAUCAACGCUGGAUGUUCGAGGAGAAUGAGAUCAAUGGCCCUGACAUUUGGAAUAAGACUUGGUAUCCUAAAGCUGCAGACCAUAUCAACACAGAUAAACCUUGGUACGUUGUUGAUGCCACUGACAAAAUUCUUGGGAGAUUGGCAUCCACCAUUGCCAUUUAUAUCCGUGGGAAGAAUUUGGCCACCUAUACUCCUAGUGUGGACAUGGGGGCGUUUGUAAUUGUGGUGAAUGCUGAGAAGGUUGCCGUAUCUGGGAAGAAAAGGACCCAAAAGCUAUACAGAAGGCAUUCAGGAAGACCAGGUGGCAUGAAAGUGGAGACAUUUGAUCAGCUACAACAGAGGAUUCCAGAAAGAAUUAUUGAACAUGCUGUUCGAGGCAUGCUUCCUAAAGGGAGGCUUGGAAGAGCAUUAUUCAACCACCUUAAGGUAUACAAGGGUCCAGAUCAUCCACAUGAAGCUCAGAAGCCAGUUGAACUACCCAUAAGGGACAAGAGGAUUCAAAAGGAGGGAUAGAUUUGCAUUACGACCUAGCUCGAGUAUACAAGCAAACGGUCUUUCUCGAUUGCCUUGCUAACAUAUUUUUCACAUGGAUUUGAGUUCCAUUCAAAGGCUUCCUUCAGGUAAAGGCCUGUUCAUGUUUGUAUUUUCUAGCAGAGGAAUUUGAAAUUACUAAUGCUUGCUCUUAGCUAAGGUUUGGUGCUGGAUAUGAUGGGAAAUUUAUUUUGUAGCUUUCUGUUGUUCAGUCUGUAUUCACCCUAAUGUACAACUUAUCUUGCUCAGUGUAAUUCAUUAACUUGAAGGGGAAGGAGUUAAUCUUUUUUGACUUUUUGGCUGUAAUAUGUUAUUAACAAGUGCUACUUCAAUAUAUUCUAUAGAAGUCCGUUUGAAUAGUUAGUCAUGAGAAACAA